AUGAAAACAAGUACACUCCGGUAUCCUUUCCACCGGGAAAACUGUCUGAAUAGGAUGCCUUUGACAACCUGGAUCGGGACAGGAGUAACGUUUGCUUGAACGAGAGACCUGCAAUUAAGGACAUAUAUUCCGGAUUCAACACUAUACUGCGACAGCUGGAUUGACAACAAUGAUGGAUUUAGCUAAUUGCUAGCUAACAACCAACCAACCCACCAAUCUAACGUUGGCUAACUAACGUUAGCUAGCUAGCAAAGUCAGCUAGCUAACAGGCACAUUUAGCUAAAUCUUUGAAGAGGAACCACAGACGGAUCUGUAGUCACAUUAGCAACUGUCUGCCCAGUUAGUUGAACGUUACAGCGUCACCAUUUCCGGGCUUGUGAUAUCUGGGAUUGUGGAGCGGGACGUUGCUUUGAGGGGUACGGGGAUCGGAUCUGUAUCGGUUUCCAUACCCGGACAGCUAGAGGACAGCAUGGCUGCAGGAAAGGGAGCAGGGAAGCCCUCGCUACUGCAGAACGAGCGUAUACGAUUCAUUGUCUGUUUCCUCGGAGUCUUCGUUUGUUAUUUUUAUUAUGGCAUAUUACAAGAGACAAUUACCCGAGGACAGUAUGGUGAGGGGGAGAAGAAGGAGAAGUUUGUUUAUGCCACAACGCUGGUAUUCAUCCAAUGCAUCAUCAAUGCUGUGUUUGCCAAGAUCUUGAUUCAAUUUUUUGAGGGUUCCAGACCAGACCACACCAAGAGCUGGCUCUAUGGAGUGUGUUCCCUGUCUUAUCUUGGAGCCAUGGUAUCCAGCAAUUCUGCCCUACAGUAUGUCAACUACCCCACACAGGUGUUGGGGAAGUCUUGUAAGCCCAUCCCAGUGAUGAUUCUGGGUGUAUUUGUACUGAGGAAGAAAUACCCACUGGCCAAGUACCUGUGUGUGCUGUUGAUCGUCAGCGGGGUGGCCCUGUUCCUCUAUAAACCCAACAAGAGUGUCGCUUCCACAGAAUCUGCUUUCGGCUUCGGGGAGAUCCUGUUGCUGCUAUCUCUGACCAUGGACGGUUUGACUGGUGUGGCCCAGGACCACAUGAGGAGUCUCUUCCAGACCAGUGCCAACCACAUGAUGCUCAACAUCAACAUGUGGUCCACCCUGGUGCUGGGACUAGGGGUGUUGUGGACAGGUGAGGUAUGGGACUUCCUGAGCUUCACAGACCGUCACCCCAGCAUCUUCUGGAACAUCCUUUUGUUUGGAAUCACGAGUGCUUUAGGCCAGACCUUCAUCUUCAUGACUGUGGUGUACUUCGGCCCUCUCACCUGCUCCAUUGUCACUACCACACGGAAGUUCUUUACCAUCCUGGGCUCUGUCCUUCUGUUCGGCAACGUCCUCAACACCAUGCAGUGGGUCGGCACUAUCCUGGUGUUCCUUGGUCUCGGGUUUGAUGCCAAAUUUGGCAAGACACCAAAGAAGACCACACACUAAGGAACCUGGAAUAUGUGUCAUGCAAAACUGACAAACUGAAAGUCCAGUGGACAGAAAUCCAUAUCUCUCUGAUUUUCUUACUACAUCCUGCCUAGGCAGUACACCUACAUACACUUAGUCAUUGUUAGUUACCAUAUUAUAAUUUAAUUUUUUUACAUAAUCAUGAAAGAAGCCCCUAUGUUUUCAAACGUCCCCAUUCUCCUGAACCUACUAAAACAGACAAGCAUCAUCUACUUAGACCGCAAGACCACAUCCACAUGAAGAGGAAAUGGGGCAGAAUGAGAUGGGUGGGCAGAGGAAAGAUGACAACAUGCACGUCAAAUCCCUUGUGGUUGUUGAGGCUGCUCCUCCCUUUGGACUACAUCUAAACCACACAGGCCUAUGAAUCUCAGCUCCAAGAUUUACCUCAUGAACUCAUCACCAAGGAAUGCCUGGUUUUCACUGGUAUUUGUAACCGUAGUAAAGAAAUUGGUUACAGAAAAACACCCUAAUAAACGAGUCGAUUGACUUGUCAGUUAGUAGAAGUUUUCCAAGUAAAGCUCUGUUAUCAGAUCUCAAGUUGUUGAGACCUGCACAAGAUUCUGAAAGUUGACAUGCUGUAGAUGAGGAGUUUGAACACUUCCAUGUAGUUGACUCGGGAUGUUAGUCAUCUUUUCCAUUAUUAUCUUGGCAGACAACUAGCCUCUCUGUAUUGUAGAAAUAAUAAACAUAAAAUACUGUAAAUAAACCAUUCCAUCUGUAUUAUGGAAAUAAUAAACAUAAAAUACUGUAAAUAAAGCAAUUUGAUACUCA